AGGUCAAAUUUCAAGUUGUUGGCUGUUAGUGGGAAGUUGUAUGCCAAUGGUGGGCAAUUCCUCUCCAAUGUUGAGUGUUACAGCCCAGAGCAUGACUGGUGGAACUUUGCAGCGUCCUUACCAACCCCCCUUGCAGAAUUCUCAGCAUGUGAGUGCCAGGGCAAGAUCUAUGUCAUGGGAGGCUACACUACAAGAGACCGGAACUUGAAUAUCUUGCAGUACUGUCCCAGCUCUGACAACUGGACCACCUUUGAAUUGUGUGACAUCCAUAUCCACAAGCAGCAGAUGCUAUCGGUGGAGGAAACUAUCUAUAUUGUUGGAGGCUGCAUCCACGAACUGGGACAAAAAAAAAAAUCUAGCCAGAAUGAGGACAUGUUAACAGUACAAUCUUAUAACACUGCCACCAGAGAAUGGCUCUACCUCAAAGAAAACACGUCAAAAUCCGGUCUUAAUUUGACUUGUACACUACACAACGAUGGGAUCUAUAUACUGACCAGAGAUGUAUCAUUGUCAACAAGCUUGGAGCACAGAGUUUUUCUAAAGUGUAAUAUAUCAGACAGUUGGGAAUCUGUUAGGCACUUCCCAACUUUUGGACAAAACAUAUUGGUCUGUUCUAUGUAUUUGCCAAAUCUGAUGUGAAUGUAAACUGCAAUUUUAUUUUCAUUAAUUGUUGAAUAAGAACUUUAUUUAUCCUAGUUACCAUCUUUUCCAAAUGGAGCACAAGUUGUUUAUAUUCAAUAAAUAGUUAUAAAAAUUAA